CAGCAUGCACUGUGCGCACUACGUUGUUUCCGGUUAGCCGCUAGCUAGCGUCAAACACCGGAAUGAUCAGAUCUCACUCACCGGGCCUGUGUGUUUCAAGUAAACCCGCUGGUCUUCGUUAUUGGAAUUGUAAUAUCGAUGAUUACCGGCAGCAGUACGAGAGUGACAAGCAGUGGUCCGCUAGACGUCAGUUCAUUGUUAAACACAUUGAAGAGUACGAGGGAAAUGCUCUUGAUAAGCUACUGGCCCUGUCGAUGGUGUGGGUUAACCAUGCUUUCAUGGGAUGCAGGUAUGGCUCCCAACUGAUGCACAAGGUGCUUGAGAUGGCAGAAGGGAUUGAUGUUGGCGAAAUGCCCUCAUAUGAACUAGUUCCAAACGCAGAAGCAAAAAAGAGGCCAUAUUCAUCUGAUGGAAGUGAAGAGCCCAUGAGGAAGAUGCCAGUGUCAAAAUUUACAUCCAGACCUCGAUUUGAACCGGUACACUUUGUCAGUAGCGGAAGUAGCGGCAGUGGAAUAGGAGCAAUGGACGAAAAAGAAAAUGAGAAGGAGCGCAGGAGGGGUGAGAUGAAUGACAUUAGACAAAGGGAACUAGAUCACCCACCAUAUAACGGUAACCGUGGCAAUGGCUCCUCUUCCUCCCCGGGCUCUCUUGAGACCGGGAGGUAUGGCUAUGAUUCUUGGCCUGAGCACAGAAGUAAGGACAUGGCCUCGAGCAGCACAAGCGGGCUUGGCUAUGGCAGCAGAGGGCCCACUCCGAACUUCAUGGGCAAACUGCAGCAGGAGUACACUGCUAGAUACGAGUCACAUACUGGCAGACAAUCAGAAUCAUACUCACAGGCAGGCCGAGCUGAUGGAUACGGAGGGUCCGGAGCCUGGGAUAGUGGACGGCAUGGACUGGGAUUUGGACAUCAGGACAGGCCGACCUCUAGCGCUGCUUUCAGCAGGGUAUACGAAGGUCCAAGCAGAGGUGGCUCUGGCCUUCUCCCAACACCUUCACUGCCGUCCUCCUUCCCCGCAUCAACAGUUGAUGAAAAACAGAGACUUAUUACCAGAGUAGCGUCCGCCGUUGCUGUUACCUUGAGAGAUCCAGCGUUCAUGAGUGGACCUGACAUGCCAAACUACAAUUUCAUACUCAGCCGCAGCAUUCAGGCUUGCAAGACCAACCCAGAGUACAUCUACGUUAACUUAAGAGAUAUUCCACCCGCUGACCUCCCUAAAAACAGAAAAGUACCCUCUGAAGGAUAUGCAUGUGAACUAAGGUGUCAGUCCCUGUACCUUGCCACUGGGUACUCUGGGAGCAAAAAUGGUGCCAGAGACCGAGCGUCAGAACAGGCCGUCAAGCUGUUCAUGAGGCCGGUGGAAAUUCGUAUUCUGCAACGGCAAUACAAGCGUACUUGCGUUAAUGACAUGGUGGUUUGCCAGGUAAACACUCUAAACCCAAUACUUCCCCCACCUCUUCGCAACCCAGAGGACAAGCCACCUCCUAGUACCAAGGGCCAGUAUGAGCCUGACCGAAGCAAACACUGGACAGAAUUUGUAAUCAUGGAAAACGCACACGAUGCCAUCUGUAUACUCAACAAUUCGGCUGCUUUCAACCGCAUGAAGGUUGAUUAUAGUUUUGAUCCAGUUCCCAACAGCAAUUUAUGGCUCUGUAGUGUGUACUUACAGGACGAGCUGGUGGCGCAAGCCAGAGGGACCAAGAAGAAUUCAAAACAUGCAGCAGCGGAAGAGGCGGUAAGGAAGUUGAGAAUGAAUCAGGCUGCUCGCCAACAAGAGCAACAACAUCAGCAGAAUUUUUCUGCAGGGAACCAUACUUCAGACAAGCCCGGUAGUCGCUAUGCCCAGCAAAGCAACAAGAAUACACAGCUAGGUGAAUUGGUCAUCCUUGAAAACUCUGAUAAUGCUAUCUGCAUAAUAAAUGACACCGCUCAGUUUAACAAAGUGCUCGCUGACUACAAGUUUACGGUGCUGCCGGACCACCGCUGGCGGUGUGAAGUUUACCUUGAUGGUAAGUAUGUGGCUGCGGGCAUUGGACCCAAAAAGACAGUAAAGCGCAAUGCAGCCAAGGAGGCCCUCGCCACACUUCGGCGGACACAAGCUGUCGUGAAGUCCAACCUCAGACAGAAGGGCCACAUAAAUGCAAUUUCCCGAAAUCAGAUCAUGGCUCGUUCUGGUGAGGAAUCCAUGCGGCAGGAGAUCAAGGAGGACAACAUUGGUAACCAGCUACUCCGGAAGAUGGGCUGGACGGGUGGCGGUUUGGGUAGAGAAGGAGAGGGCAUCGCUGAACCCAUCAAGGUCAAAGAGCAGUUUACCAGGGAAGGACUGGGUAUGGACAUGGACAGGCAGAGUAAUCUGCUGACUAAGCGUGAUAUUGAAGAAAUCAUUCGGAAUUAUGCGAGCUCUGACCGUCAAGAUGACCUGCGCUUCUCCACAGAGCUCAAUAAUGAAGAGCGUCGGCAGAUACACCAAGUAUCCCAAAGAUACGGGCUGCGCAGCAAAUCGUACGGACAGGGCCGAAAGCGCUUCCUCGUGGUUAGCCGCAGAGUUCAGAAGGAGCAGCUGAUUGGUCAGCUAUUGCAGGAGGGGCAGGUGGGACGAUACGAACUGGUGAAACCUCAGGCUUCACAAUGACUCGGCUUAACAGGCCUUUGAGAAACCAACAGAUGACCAUUAAUAAAUGUGAAGCGGAUUUACUUGUCGCUUUCCGAAAAGUGUAAACUAAUUUUUAAAAAAAAAGCAGUCAGUGGACUUAUGUCUGGAAAAUCGGUCCGUUCUCAAUGACAACAGUGUGUACCCUUUGCCACUCUUUACCAUGUAUUUCUGUACAGUUUGUCCAGAUUUGCUGUUGGUUAGUUUGAGACCAUUUAAUAGACACACAUUAUUAACUAAACAUUGUCAUAUCAUGUAUCCUGUGAAUGAUAUUUAUUGACAUGGGUAUUAGUGGGGCCUUUUGGCAGCAUGUGCUCCUCUCUGAAAUGACAUUCCAUUUUACGUUUUCUCGAUGGACAACAUAUCAUUCACUCAUCUGUUGUAAAAACACUUGAAAUAUAAAAAUAACCUUUAAGUAAUUAAAAAAGCAGUAUAUUUUUUUGUCAUUUUCUGGUUGUUGAUUGUAGAAUUAAAUAUUUAUCUCAACCAUAAAUCUUUCAACUCCCUGUCUGGCAAAUGCCUGAGCAGCAAUCCCUGUGAAGUUGUUUGCUAAUUGCAAAUACUGUCAACCAGUCUGCUUGUAGUGACAUUAAAUUGAAUCUGGUCAUUGUC